CUCAACGCCCAGUUUUGGGGAUUAUUUCAUGGGCAAAAAUUCACAGGACUUUCCUCUCAAGGGGAUUUGUCCUGGAUGAAAACUAGGGACUGGACCCCCAGACUUGUUGGUGUGUCCCUGUCUGUGCUGUAGAAGCUCUCAGGAUGGACUCGUACCUGAUCCAAGUGAAUGGCCAUGGAGAUCAUGCCCCUGUGCUAGAUGUUCAUCUCAAGAACACAGGGAACACCAUAUCACCGGGGAAGGUGAAAGGUCGGAAGCCAAGAUGGGCUGUCAGAGCUUCUGAAAUGUCAAAGAAGACUUUCAAUCCCAUCCGAGCCAUUGUAGACAGCAUGAAGGUGGAACCCAACCCAAAGAAAGCCAUGAUCUCCUUAUCCUUAGGAGACCCGACAGUCUUUGGAAACCUUCCCACAAAUGAUGAGGUCACACGGGCUGUGAAGGAGGUUUUGGACUCAGGACAGUACAAUGGUUAUGCUCCAUCUGUUGGCUACCAUUCCUGCCGGGAAGCUGUGGCUGCGUACUACAACUGCCCGGAGGCACCGCUGAAGGCCCAGGAUGUCAUCUUAACAAGUGGCUGCAGCCAGGCCAUAGAGCUUGCCUUGGCAGUGCUGGCCAACCCAGGCCAGAACAUUCUGGUGCCACGGCCUGGCUUCUCCCUCUACAAGACUCUGGCAUUGUCUUUGGGGAUAGAGGUCAAACUCUAUAAUCUCUUGCCAGAGAAGGCCUGGGAAAUUGAUUUGGAGCACUUGGAGUCUUUGGUGGAUGAGAAAACAGCUUGCCUCAUUGUGAACAACCCAUCAAACCCCUGUGGCUCUGUGUUCAGCAAGAGCCACCUCCAGGAGAUCCUGGCAGUGGCAUCAAGACAGUGUGUGCCCAUCCUGGCCGAUGAGAUCUACGGAGACAUGGUAUUCGCUGACUGCAAGUAUGAACCCAUUGCAACUCUCAGCACCAAUGUGCCAGUCCUGUCCUGCGGAGGCUUGGCAAAGCGAUGGCUAGUCCCUGGCUGGCGGAUGGGCUGGAUCCUAAUUCAUGACAGGAGAGACAUCUUUGGUAAUGAGAUCAGAGACGGCCUUGUGAGACUGAGUCAGAGGAUCCUAGGACCCUGUACAAUUGUCCAAGGAGCGCUGGAGCGUAUCUUGCACCGAACACCACCUGAGUUCUAUCACAACACCCUAAGCAUCCUCAAGUCUAAUGCUGACCUUUGUUAUGCUGCCUUAUCAGCUAUCCCUGGCCUUCAGCCUGUCAGGCCUGCUGGAGCCAUGUACCUGAUGGUUGAGAUAGAGAUGGAGCAUUUUCCGGAGUUUGAAAAUGAUGUGGAGUUCACUGAGCGACUCAUCUCGGAGCAGUCUGUGUUCUGCUUGCCAGCCACGUGCUUUGAGUACCCAAACUUCUUCCGCGUAGUGACCACCGUGCCCGAGGAGAUGAUCUUGGAGGCCUGCAGUCGCAUUCAGGAAUUCUGUGAGAUGCACUACCAGGGUGCUGAGGGGGCCCAGGAUCUGGAGUGUGACAAGUAGCUACAGCUGGCCCCCUGCCUCUGUCAGGCUAGACCUUGUAUGAGGCAGCAGCUGGGCAGGCAAGGCUACUUCCAGCCAGCCCCACCUCUCCCCGCCUGUAAGCAGCCACUGUCCUGCUGCUUCACUUUUUGUGCUCCACAGACUCCUCAGCAUUAUGGAAAGAGGAAGACACUUCUCUCUCCUCCUCCACUAGAGCUUGCACAUCCUCUUGCUUCCAGUCCCCCAUGUCUCUGUAGACUCGGCAUCUGUGCCCUGUGUUGUUCUGUGCUACCUGUGAACCAGCUGCAAGCAGGGGCAAAAGGUUGUUCCUGGGUCGGGCCUGUGGCAAGGGCCCUGUUGGCCUGUGGCUCCUUUGUUGGCCACACUUCCCCUUGGGGACAGGAGAAGGCUGCUGUCCUGGAGGAUAAGAGAGAAGUACCCACCUCUCACUUCCCUGUGUUACCUUAGGAGGCCAGAGCUCUUUAUACUGAGCCCUUUGUGUGAUAAAGGGAGUAAGUUAUUGUAACUUUUUUAUUAAUAAAAAUUCUGACAUGGCAGUCCUGCACUGUCCUACUGUUGCGCUAGGUUAGGCUUGGUCACUGUGUGGGUCACCUUUGCUCACCUCAUGGUAUUGCAGUGCACCAGGCAUGUGCCUGCGUGCCCAGGGCCAUCCUGUGUGCCGGUGGGGAUAUGGUGAGAGUGAUUCAGACCCCCAAAGAAACCCACCAACCCUGAGAGCAGGAUGGGCCCUGAAAGCUUGACCCCAACUGGAGCCAGCCCCUCCUGCCGUGAUGAUGUUGGCAGCUUGCUGUGGCAGCCUGUCCACUCCCCAAAAUACAGUCAUGUCUGCACCUUCUCCUUGGCCCUCACAGCCUCCCCCAAUGUGGAGCCCAGCAGAGCAGUGAGUGCUGUGCUUGCUGCUGCAGGGAGGCAGCUGUCCCCAGGACUGGAGCCAGCCAUGCCUAAAUACUCGAGGCUUGGCAUGCCUUUCCUGCUGUACUGGUGAAUCAUGGGGUGGCACCCCAUGGCUCAUACUAUGUGUGGUGUUUGUGACAUGCCAGUGGUACCAGGGUUACUGAUUGCUGAAUACGUAAGCUCCAUAAAGUAAUAAGGAACUGGUGGCCUGCUGUUGUCUGUUUAUUCAGUGGAAAUGGGAGGAGAUGAUAAUGCCUAUUGCAACACGUGUUCUGGUCAGAUGUGCAGGUGAGAUGUUCCAUUUCUGGAACUAUCGAAGGGGCAACUUGUGGAGUACCUUACAUUGCCACCUGCAGCUCUGUUCCUCCCACAGGGUUGGGAUCCAUAGGUCAACCCUGCCUCCCCAAUGACAGGAGCCAGCUCUAGAUUACACCUGGCCAGUCCUGCCAGGUUCCAUAAUGGUCUCUUUGUCUCCCCUUACCUUGCCCAGUACAAAGUCUGGGUACCAGUACUCCAUUAGAGGGAAGGGCUAAAUGAGAAAGAUAGCAGUGUAUGGAAAAGUCUUUGACAUGUCAACUGAGUGUCCAUGCUACAUCUUUUCCUUUCACAGAAAGUGAUCCCAGAACAAAAAGAGAGGGAAGCUGGGGAUAUGAGUGAAUGGUACACAGCUUCAGAGAUUUCAUGCCAUUAGACCUUCAAAUAGAGCUGAAUAACCAGAACUGCUCAAGAAAAGACAUUGACAAGUAACAAGCAGGGUGGUGUAUGACGGGUGUGUUGGACCAGGACACCUUUACAGCAUGAUGUUGCUGCAUUGUUAUGCCAUCUUGAACCUACUACAGCUUUCAUGUACCAUCUGCUUCCUUCAACUCUUCUCCACAUACCUUAGGUUCUGUGGCUUUAAUCCCCAUAAUAAACAGAUCCUGGUUUUAGAGAAAGCUGAUCCUUUGAGAUCACUCUUCCUUCAGGAACCCCUUUUCUUUCAGAAAAAAAGAGAAGUUAAUAUGCAAAUAUUCUGCAAUAAUUAACACAAUCCUGUUUCUUUUUGACCCUGCCACAUUUGAAUGAAAAGGCUGAGAGAGCCAGAGACAUAGGCAUAUAUAUAUCUCAUAAAUCUCAGGAUAUCUCAAAGCCACAUCCUCCAUUGUCAUCUUUUGUAAACAUAUCCUUUUGACCACACCUAGGUUUUCCCUGAGGCAAUAGCAAACUAGCAGUAAACCACAAAUGUGCUAGUAUCAUUUUUCAGGUAUUAUACUCACAGAUGCUUUGCGUCACAGUGUGGGCAUAGGUUAGAGCACCCUGCCAGCCAUACAAACUAGCCUAAGUUGGAGUUUGGAGGUACUCUGUGCCAAAGGAAACUCCUGCAGCAUUGAGACCAAGGAAAAAGUCAAGACAGAUCUGAAACUGCUCUUCAGAGAUGCUCAGACAAGAUCUGCAGAGCUUUAGCAGAGCUGCCCCAGUGGCCUUAUAACUGAUUUUGGGAAAAUAAAGGAAGAUUGGCAAGGAGGAUUGUAAAUACACUCAAAUGUCUUGCAGGUGAAGUGUAGAAAACCACCUAUACUAAUUGUUGUUUAGUCUUGUAUGUUUGGUAAGUGGUACAUCUGUCUUUAUAUAACAUAGGCCUGUGCUAGACUUAGAACCACCCUAUUGAACAUGCUUGACAUUCCUGCUUUGCUGUGGUAAAGAUCAAAUCUCAAUGGUAAACUGUUCCUGCAAUAAUCCCUGAUAUACAUGUGAAAAUAGCAGAUUUGGUGAUCCUUGAGCAUGGACUAGACUCCACAGUGCUGGCAUCCCUGUUUGUGUGCCUCUGCCUGGGUCCUGCUUUGAGGAUUCCCUGGUUGGUGAGGUAAUGGAAAUAAAUUUACUGUGCAUUUCA